CUUCCUGUUUGAGUGAGCGGAGCUAUAAAGGAGCCUUCCUCCCUCCUCUUCCUCAGUCACCAUGGGGAACUUCGUAGCCAAUGAGGGGCUUUCCAUCUUUGUUAUUCUGGUCUGGUUGGGAAUCAAUGGAUUCCUGUUCGUUAAUUUCUACAUGGCCUUCCUGGUGGACCGCUGGUUCUACACCCGGGUUCUGCUGGGGCACGCCCUGUCCUGGGCCAGAGCUCCGGCCGCCUGCCUGAACUUUAACUGCAUGCUGAUCCUGCUGCCGGUCUGCAGGAACCUGCUGUCGCUGCUGCGAGGCUCCAUCCAGUGCUGCAGCCGAACCGCGGCGCGGCAGCUGGACCGGAACCUGACGUUUCACAAGCUGGUGGCCUACAUGAUCGCCUUCCACACAGCCGUCCACAUCAUUGCUCACUUGUUCAACUUUGAGUUCUUCAUGGACGCCCAGCUAAACCGCAGCGUUGACCUGCUGCCCUUCGUUCUGUCUGACAUCGGCAACGGGGACAACGCGUCCUUCCUCAACCCCAUCAGGAGCAAUGAGACGAGCCCCACCAUCGUCAUGUUCACCACCAUCGCCGGGCUGACGGGCGUCGCCAUCACGCUGGCUCUCAUCCUCAUCAUCACGUCGUCCAUGGAGGUCAUCCGGAGGUCGUACUUCGAGGUGUUCUGGUACACGCACCACCUCUUCAUCAUCUUCUUCAUUGGCCUGGUGUUCCACGGCUACGGGCGAAUCGUGCGAGGACAAACUCCGCUCAGCCUGCAGACCAACAACCCCAACAAGUGCGCCGACCACUUCCAUGACUGGGGCAAAAACGAGUCAGGCUGCGCCGUCCCCGUGUUCGCAGGGAACCCGCCCGGGACGUGGCAGUGGGUUGUGGGCCCCAUGUUCCUGUACGUUUGUGAGCGGCUGGUUCGCCUCUACCGGUCCCAUCAGAAAGUGGUCAUCACCAAGGUGGUGAUGCAUCCCUCCAAGACGCUGGAGCUGCAGAUGAAGAAGAAAGGCUUCAGCAUGGAGGUGGGCCAGUACGUCUUCAUCCAGUGCCCGUCCGUCUCCAGGCUGGAGUGGCACCCCUUCACCCUGACCUCCGCCCCGGAGGAGGACUACUUCAGCGCCCACAUCCGGAUCGUCGGGGACUGGACGCAGGCGCUGUAUGAGGCCUGCGGCGGGGACAAGCCGGAGCAGCAGGAGGCCUGGAAGCUCCCAAAGAUGGCCAUCGACGGGCCGUUCGGCACCGCCAGCGAAGACGUGUUCCGCUACGAGGUGGUGAUGCUGGUGGGGGCGGGAAUCGGCGUGACGCCCUUCGCCUCCAUCCUCAAGUCUGUGUGGUACAAACGCAUCCAGAACAACCAGGACGUCUUCACCAAGAAGAUCUACUUCUACUGGUUGUGUCCGGAGACCCAGGCCUUUGAGUGGUUCGCGGACCUCCUGCAGUCCCUGGAGCGCCAGAUGGCGGACAAAGACAUGGCCGACUUCCUGAGCUACAACAUCUACCUGACACGCUGGAAGGAGACGGAGGCGGCUCAUUUCCGGGUCCACCACGAGGCGGAGAACGACCCGAUCACCGGGCUGAAGCAGAAGACUCUCUAUGGAAAGCCCAACUGGGACAAUGAGUUCACCAACAUCGCUGCCAAGCACCCCAAGUCCAAGGUGGGCGUGUUCCUGUGCGGCCCGCCUCAGCUGGGAAAGUCUCUGGAGAAGCAGUGCCUGUCUCACUCCGAGGCCGAUGUCAAGUUCAUCUUCAACAAGGAGAACUUCUGACCGCUGCGUGGCGCAAACACAUUGCUGCAACACAGACGUUGCUACAACAGCCACAUUGCUGCAACAGCCACCAGCUUCUUCUUCCUCUGCUGCUUGACCUUUAGGGUCGUUUCCAAACUUCCUUCCUCUGAGGAGACCUUCAGGUGGUGCAAACAAAGCCCGAGACGUGAUGGCUGCAUCUGCAAAUACAGGAGAGGCUUUUAUUUGGAAAAGCUUGUGACCUAGCAGCAGCUCUCUGUGAAACGUUUAAACCUAAAAAAUAAUGGGAAAUAAUGAGAACCUCCUCAGAAAACAAAGUUGCUUUUCAAAAUAAAAGCCAUUGUGUUGCUGAUCCAGGUUAAACCUGAUGACAUUUUUUUUUCUUUUUUCAAUUAGAAGCUUUUGUUGUAGAUACUUUCUGCUCAAAAUGCAAGUCAAUUAAAAUCCAAAUUGUUUCAUGUUUCUCA